AUGAAGUUAACGCUGGUGUUUUUGCUCCUUUUGAGUUUAAACCUCGUGUGUUUGAAACAGACUGGAGUCUUCGUUCCCGGGAAUAUCAUCAUUGGGGGACUCUUUCCCAUCCACACCACAGUGGAGCAGCCAGGUGUCUCUGAUCUCCAGACCUCCUGCACCAUACUGAGUCCGGCCGGAUUGGCUCAUUCCCUGGCCAUGAUCCACGCAGUGGAAACCGCAAAUGUUUUACCUGCAUUAACACACCUGGGCCUCACUCUCGGUUAUCACAUCCAUGACACGUGUUCAGACGUCACCACUGCACUCAGAGCCACCGAGGAUCUCACUGACCACUGCACAUCUGGAACAAACACAUCUGACUACAUCCGGCCUGUGACAGCUGUGGUCGGAGCAGAACAUUCUGAGACGUCCAUCGCUGUUGCAAGAAUGCUCAACCUGCAGCUCAUACCUCAGAUCAGUUAUGCUUCCACAGCAGACAUUUUGAGCGAUAAGACCCGUUUCCCAGGUUUUUUGCGCACCGUCCCAAGCGACAUGCACCAGACCAGUGCCAUGGUUCAGCUCCUGACUGAGAGGAAGUGGACCUGGGUGGGUUUCCUGACCACUGACGGAGACUAUGGACGUGCUGCUUUGGACAAUUUUGUUUCUCAGGCCACUAAAGCCGGGAUCUGUGUGGCCUUUACAGAAAUCCUCCCUGACUCUCUGAGUGAUAAACACAAGUUUGAGGCCACCGUCUUUCACGCUGUUCACACCAUCCACACAAACCCUAAGGUCAGAGUCAUCGUGUCAUUUGCCAAACCAGAACACAUGAAGAGUGUGUUCAGUCUACUGACGGAACUCAGCGCAGACCGGCGACUCUGGAUCGCGAGUGAUAACUGGUCCACGGCAGCAGAAGUGCUCACUCCUGAACAGCUGGAUCGUGUCGGAUGGGUGCUGGGCUUUUCAUUUAAAAGCAAGAACAUCAGAGACUUUGAGGAAUACGUAAAGCAUUUAGGACUGAACAGCGACGCUCAGAUGAACAAUUUAUUUUUUCGAGAGUUUUAUUCCUCUUUUGCUAAUUCAGUGAAUACAAGUGAAGCUAAUGUUACUACUAAUACAGAUAAGCUGGUAGCGAGUGCUCAGGUGGGCGUGGUCUUCAGCGUUCAGCUGGCCGUGAAUGCGAUCGCUCAGGCAGUGGCGUUCAUCUGCAAACACACUGACUGCUUGGCUUCAGGAGCUGCAAAACAGCAGCUGCUGUCUGCGUUGAGAAACAGAAGCUUUGAGUUGGAUGGCGUCUCGUAUGAGUUUAAUAAAGAGGGAGACAUUAACCUGGGCUACGACGUCUCUCUCUGGAACGCUAACGGAGGAACCGUGGAGACCCUGAACAUCGUGUCUCACUACCAGCCUACAGACAGCAGCCUGAACACCAGCGCCUUAACACUGAGUUUGGUUUCUAAAUGCUCAAACAGUUGUGAACCGGGACAGUUUAAAAAAAGUGCUGAAGGUCAACACACCUGUUGUUAUGAGUGUAUCGACUGUGCAGAGAAUCAGUACACCAACAACACAGACAUGGAUCAGUGCUACACUUGUGAUGUGACCAGCGAGUGGGCGGAGUCAGGCAGUUCUGAGUGUAAGAAGAAGGCAGUUGAGUUUUUCUCCUGGGACGACCCCUUCGCUGUGGUCUUGGUCUCGCUCUCAGCUCUUGGGGUGCUUGUGAUUUUCAUGGUAUCAGUUCUUUUCGUGCUGCACCGGAGAUCUCCGGUGGUGAAGGCGGCCGGUGGUUCUCUGUGCCAGCUCAUCCUACUGUCUCUAAGCGGAAGCUUUGUGAGCGCCGUGCUGUUUGUAGGAAAGCCGACGUCUGUGCGGUGUAAAGUCCGUCAGGUUCUUUACGGCCUCAGUUUCGCUGUGUGUGUGUCCUGCAUCCUGGUCAAGUCCCUGAAGAUCCUGCUGGCGUUCCACAUGAACCUUAUGCUAAAGCAGCUGCUCCGCCGUCUCUACAAGCCUUACGCCAUCGUAAGCAUGUGUGUGGCGCUUCAGGUUGUGACUUGUGCAUGUUGGCUGAUCCUGAAAAGACCUGACGCAACGUCGACCGUGUUCCUCAGGACCAUCCUGGAGGAGUGUGACGAGGGUUCCUAUGUGGCGUUUGGAGUGAUGUUGGGCUACGUCGCUCUGCUGGCACUCGUUUGCUUCGUCUUUGCUUUCCAAGGACGCAAACUUCCACAGAAAUACAACGAAGCAAAAUUUAUCACCUUCAGUAUGCUGAUCUACCUCAUCGCAUGGAUCAUCUUCAUCCCCACGUACGUCAACACAAAGGGGAAAUACCUCCCGGCCGUGGAGAUGAUCGUCAUCUUGAUCUCCAGUUACACUGUCCUGAGCUGCCAGUUCCUCCCAAAGUGUUACAUCAUCUUAUUUAGGAAGACGCAGAACACCCGAGACGCCUUCGUUAGGAGCAUUUACGAAUAUUCCAAAAGGACAGCGGGAAAUCUGCAUCCGCCACAGAAAGAGAAAAAUGCAGAAAAGUCACCAAAUGCCACGUCUAACCCUGGUUUUAUUCCUGAUAACAUGAUGAGAAAAUGUAUGAAAGAACACAUGAGCACAUAAAAACAUCAUAUAAUUAAUAUUACUUGUUUUUAUUUUAAAUCAAACAGAUUUAAUCUCUCCAUUAAUUCUAUCAGUUACACACAUUAAAAACAAUCUUUGGGCUUCUCAGUUGAAAUGUUCAUAUCUGACACGAAAUAUUCCACCUAAUUAACACUAAAAUAAUGUUCACAACAUCACAUCCUUAUUUUUAAAGAUUUAUUCCUGACUGUUGCUUAAACAAACAGGAAAAGUGGUGAAGAUUGAAGACUGAACCAGAGUCAGAAACUGCAGAAACAGUAGAACUUCAUACUAAAUGC